CUCUCUCCUCUCUGCCUCUAAGGACGCCAUACUCGCCUCCGGUUUCUUCUCCGCCAGCGCCUGAGCCCCUUCGGAGGCGCUUCCCGCCGCCGGAUCGCUCCGCCGAGUCCGCUCCUCUCCACCCUGCUGCCGCCCUUAUUCCUCUCCUAACUGAGUAAAGUUGACAUUUUUACUACUCUCCCCCGCUAACUCCUACUACUACUACUACUACUACUACUUGUACCAUUUAUUCUUCAGGGUUGUUACAGAGGAGAGGAGAGGAGAGGAGAGGAGAGAUGACGACGGCGACGUCGUCGUCGUACCCGCCGCCGCCGCCCUACUACCGGCUGUACAAGGACUACGAGCGCGACCCGGCGUCGGCGCCCGACCCCCCGCCCCCCAUCCAGGGCGCCUUCCCGCUCUUCGGCGCCACCUACACCACUGACGUGGUGCUGCCCACCCUCGAGGAUCAGGGCGUCCGCCAGCUCUACCCCAAGGGCCCUAACAUCGACAUAAAAAAGGAGCUAAGAUCACUUAAUCGGGAGCUCCAACUUCAUAUCCUGGAGCUAGCAGAUAUUCUAGUGGAGAGGCCUUCUCAAUAUGCACGCAAGGUGGAAGACAUCUCACUUAUUUUCAAGAACAUGCACCAUCUCCUCAACUCCUUGCGCCCUCAUCAGGCCAGAGCAACGCUCAUCCACAUACUGGAACGUCAGAUACAGCGCCGAAAACAGGCAGUGGAAGACAUAAAAAAGAGAGAGGAAGCCCGAAGACUACUCAAGGAAUCACUCCAGAUUGUAGAUGGUCAACUACGCUAACAUUUGUUGCUGGUCACAGAUGUAAUAUAAGUUUAACUUAUGCAGCAUGCAACUGCUAUUGUGUUAUUUAUGUAGUUUGAUAGUUCUAUGUUAUUUAACUCUAGCUUAUUUAUUUCGUAACCAAGGUACUCUAUAAAGAAUGUGUACUUUGCACUAUGUUAUAACAUCAUCUUUUCCUGUUUAUUGGCAUGUGCCACAACCUUUUAUUGAACAUAGAUCUGAUCUGCAUCUCCUGAUGUGAUUGUUGGUAAAUGUAUAUUGUUCAGAUCC